AUGAAAUACUGGCAAUCUAGAAAGCAUAAUAGGGCUCCUGUCCAGCAGAAUCUUGACCGGCUCUUUGCGUGCCCCUCCAACCUAUUAGAUUCCGACUUGGUUAUACUAAUCCGUUUGUCAAACACUCCCGAAGCGGAAUGGAUCUGUAAGGACACGUCAAUAAGUGGAUGGCUCAAAGAUAUUUAUGGAGAUCAGGGUCUUUGGACCGAAAAAACUCAAUUGGCGAGUGGUUCAAGACGUUCGCAAGGUCCUCUUGUCGGGGCUGCUGAUAAAGAGAAAUGA